GUGUUUAUGUGAUGUGAAGAUUUGGGUCGUCUUCUGUUUCAAAUUCCAAGUCUCUCAAUCUCUCAAGCACAUCCGUUCAUAUACCUCUACUCCUCGUCAUGGCAUCUCUGUCAAAACAUCACACACCAGUGACCAACCAAUACCAAGUAUGUCGGACGUGUUUGCUGCUCCAGUCUUGGGGUCCGUUUGCUCCGCUACUGUUCUCGCGCAAAGCGCGCCUUCACCUCGCUUCACCUCGCUUCACGCCCACAUACAUAUCCGCGUGUCUUGGUCUCUCAUUCCCUCACUCUCAACCUUACUCUACGGUUUCGCGCAACAUCAGUGGUACGUUGUAUAACCACUACCGCUCCACGCAUACACUGACGUGGCUCAGUCUGACUACUCUUGGCCCAUUUCUUGGAGUCUCGCCAUGUCGCUGGAUGAUUCAUCUGCCACAGUCACGCCAGAGAAUUCGUCUGCCACAGCCACGCCAGAGAAAGAAGCCUUGCGGUCCAUCUUCAGCGACAUGGAUAUGAUCGAAGGCAACCGUGGCAACGCGGCGAACGAGGGCGCGCGGGCUGAGCAAGGCGCAAUGGCGAGGAGAAAGAAGAACAGAGCGAGCCAGCGACCAAAGCACAACAACGCGGAUACAGCCACCAACGACUCUGCGGAAGCCAGUGAAGGCGAGCGCGACGAGCCCAACAACACCCGUCCAUCAUCUCCACCCUCCGAAGCAGAAACCGUCGCCACCGAACCCCUCCCCCCCUUCCCCUUCGGCCGCGCCCUCCCCCGCCCCCCCACGACGCCCUACCUCUCCGUCCCCGUCCUCGCCCACUACGAACCGCGCCCCCUCCCCAGCCCCAACGCCACCACCCACGGCCUCUUCGCCACGCAGCCCAUCCCCGCCGGCACGCGCCUGAUCAGCGAGCGCCCACUCUUCACGCUCCCCGCGCCCGGCGACCAACUCGACGGCCUGAUGAUCGCGUUCCACAACCUGCCCGCCGCCUCGCUGCCGCACUUCUGGGCGCUCCAGCCCGCGGCCCCGGAUGCCUGCGAGCAGCUGACGAACCUGCGCUUCCUGACCGACCGCCUGGCCUUCGCUUUGCGGGAAACCAUCGUCACGCCGCCGGCUGCCCGCUCCGUCGCGCAGACCGCGGAGUUAGACGCCAUGCUGCCGAAGCUGCAGAACGCAAUGCUAACGUACCGCGUCGCCGCGCGCUGGCACCGGCACCGCACAUCCCUCGCCCCACAGACAACCGGUGCGAUGCUCCCGCGCGGCUCGCCUACGACCGCGCUGUUCCUCGCCCGCGCCCGCAUCCGGCAUAGCUGCGUCCCGAACUGCGUCGCGUCGUUUGAUCCGCAGCGGGGCGUGCUGAAUGUGCAUGCCGCCCGGGGCAUCGCGGCGGGCGAGGAGUUGUUGCUGAGUGCGCUGGGGGAGGGCGGGUGGUAUGCGAGGAAGGCGGAGCGGGGGGCGGAGUUGAGGGCGUUGGGGGCGGAGUGUGGGUGUGAGGCUUGUGAUGAGGAGGGGGAGGGGUUUGAGGGGCAUGAGGGGGCGAGGGGGCGCGCGGGGGCAAGGGCGGUAGUCAUCGCAGACGGGCUGACAAGGGUCGAGGCCGGGGAGGGCGGGGAGACCGACCUCCCCACUCUCCAAACCACCCUCCUCUCCCUCCUCCGCGACCUAGCCCGCGCCGGCUGCGCCUCGCCCGAGCUCGCGCGCUGGCGCUGUGUGCUAGCGGACCGCGUGCUGCCGGCGCUGGCGGCGCGGGCGGCCGAGGGGAAGGCCGAGGCCAAACCCGAGGUGAAACCCGAGGCCAAGGCCAAGGCUGAGGCUGAGGCCAGGGUGCUGAUGAAGGUUGCGAGGGGGCAUGCGCGUGAGGCGGAGAGGGUGGCGAGGGUUUGCUAUGGGGGGGAUCGGGAGGAUGUUUUUGGGGGGAUUUAG